AUGUCUCGGCAGACCCCGCGUAAAAGCCAGACCCGAGGCAACCAAAGCCAGCCCUCCAUCUCCCAAUCCACCUCACACUCUGGCAGCCAAGGUCAACAAGUGCAACAAGACCAACAGCAAUACCAACAGCAGGAUCAGGUGCAAGGUCAUGCUCGGAGCAGAUCCCACCAGCUACUAGCACAACGUCGAGCAGAACAAGAAAGAGUUGCCUCACUGCAGCUACAGCUCCAACUAGCCCAAGCAGCCCAAACAGCCCAAGCAGCCCAAGCAGCCACCUCCGACUACGAAUCCGAAACCGCCCACUACAUGGCUUCCAACCCCACCGCAGUGCCGGCCUUGGCCACCGCCCUGGCUUCGCGCACCAACACCGACCUCAACCUGCGCGUCCUCAAGCGCUACCUUCCGAGCAUCACCAGCAUCCUCUCCAUUGCCGCCAACGCUGUCGUCUACUCCCUCGACGAGAACGCCACGUGGAUCAAGUCCAACAUGGAGGGUACCAUGUUCAUCUGCUCCCAGGGCGGAGAGGAUGGUGUCGUGGGCGAGAACGGCUGCCUCUUCAUGCUCAAUCGCAAGGGCCUGCAGAACUUCGUCGUCGACCUCAACAAAGUUAAGGAAUUCGAGCUCAACGACCCGUACUUCAUGUUCAAGUUCAAGGAAGAGGAUGCGCCCAAGGUCUACAUGGAGAACGGAGAGGCUGUCACGACUGUCACCGUUGGCGUAUGGACCUUUGCUGAGGAGGAGGCCGAGCGAGUCACGAAUGCGGCCCUGAUUUACGAGAUGUGGACCAAGGUGUGCGAGGCACGAGAGAAGAGAGCUGCUGCUGGCGUCUCUGAGAAGACUGCGGAGGCGGGCCCGGCUGCGCAGGCCAUGGACCAAGGCCGCAAGCUGAGUGUCAGCGAUCUCUUCAAGGCUGGACCGAGCAACGCUGGACCGAGCAAUGGAACACGAUAA